UAAAGCCAAAUUCAUUCUCUCUUGGAAUUAGCAAUGGAUAAUAAAAUUGUCAAAGAAAGAAUGUAUAAAAUAACUUCACAAUUUGAAGAAUUAUGUGAAAACAUUAAAAAUCCAUUGAUCUUGAAUAAUGAUUGUUGGCUUUUGAUUUGCGAUUUACUGACGUGUCAUGAUAUAUUAAAUCUGUCCAAAGUGUCACAAUCUUAUAAAAGCCUUGUGCAAUAUCUUGUUUUGCCGUCGAAGUUAACAAAAUGGGAAAUUUCAUUUUCGUACGAUAUCAUCGGUUUAGAUGACUUUAAAUUUAUUAUAGAUUCUAUUUAUACAACCGUUCGAGAACUGCGUAUAUUGUUUCUACCUGAACGGCAUUUUGAGCUUUUGAGUUCCUACCAAUUCCCAAACGUUACUGAAAUACGUAUUACGUUAUCUCGCCCCAUGGAUGAAGCAGAUAUCUCUACGCUAAGCUACGUCUUUCCAAAUUUGCAGGAAUUCUCCCCUCACGGAAUUUGCAGCAGUAAAGCAAUAGAAUUAUUCUCAAAUGUGGAACAUUUGACACUGACAUGCUGUAGAAACUUAACUAAAAGUGAUUUAGGACGUAUACUCUUAGCACUUAAUUUGAAAUCAUUAAAAUUAGAUAUUUUUAAAAAAGUCUCUCCUUUAAGUCGUGAAGAGUUUUUAAAAUUCAGUAAAAUUGAAGUCUUAACUCUUAAUCGAAUUGAGCUGGGACUUAUUUCUGGAGUUAAUUUAUCCGAUGUUCAUAAUCCAAUCAUAUUUAGAGAUCUUAAAGUGUUAAUAAUAACAGGUAAACUUAUAGAAUCAACAGAGGUAGAUAAACUGUUUGAAAACAUUCAGUUUAUUGUGUGCAGAAAUGUUAGUUCUAUAGAGAUCGCCAACGUUUCAGAUGACUUCCUUAGUACAUAUUUCAAUACUGAAAAGUAUGACUUUUUGAACCGUGUUAGUGUUCUAAAAUUUAUAAAUACCACCAUUUUGAAUAACGUGAUUGGUAUGCCUAGCAAGUAUAAGGAUCUUAGAGAGCUUUAUUUUUUCUAUUGCCAUGCAGCAAUAAAUUUGGAUAUUUUAACCAUUAUAUCAAAUAGUCAGAAGUUAGAUGUAAUAAGCUUUGAGGAGUGUGAUAUCCCACAUAUUGUCAUAGGAAAAGCUUUUAUAAGGGACCAAUUAGGUAUUCGGAGAAAUGAACUCGUAUUGAACUGGUGUUCCAAAGAAAAGAAUCCUGAUGUGCAUUGCUAUAAUGAGUAUCGCAAUUUGAUAAAAUUAACAAAUGUCUCACAUAUUUCCAGUAACUUUGACUCUAUGACAAUACAAUUCAAGUAAUUUAUACAUAUUUAUGUACGUAUAAACUGUAAAUUUAGUCAUAUGAAACGUAUUUUUAAAAGUGGUCUUAAUGUAGAUUUGUUAAAC